AAAACAGUACCCAACUUCUACAGAGACAAUGGAAGUUGCAAAAGUUCUUCGCAUGAAUGGAGGAAUUGGAGAGACUAGCUAUGCAAAUAAUUCUCUGCUUCAGCAAAAGGUGAUUCUCAUGGGAAAGCCAAUACGAGAUGAAGCCAUAUCUGCACUCUACCGCAGCCUUUCCCCAGAAACCAUUUAUGUUGCGGACUUAGGUUGUUCCUCGGGACCUAAUACUUUAUUGGUCAUCACCCAACUUAUUAGAGCUAUUAGCGAAGAAUGCAAAAGCAACGGUCAACAGCAACAGUCUCCGGAAUUUCAUGUUUCCUUGAAUGAUCUUCCUGGGAAUGAUUUUAAUACCAUUUUCCGGUCGUUGCUACCGGCAUUCUACGAUGAUUUGAGGGAGAAAAAUAUGGGAGAAGAUGAAAUAUUUGAUCCUGAUUGCUUUGUUGUAGGAGUUGCUGGUUCAUUCUAUACUAGACUUUUCCCUUCCAAGAGUUUGCAUUUUGUCCACUCCUCUUACAGCCUCCAUUGGCUUUCUCAAAUAUGUGCCUAUGGAAUAGAAAAUAACAAGCGAAAUAUUUACGUGGCAAGUGCAAGCCCACUAGAUGUGGUUAAAGCGUAUUACGAGCAAUAUGAAAAAGAUUUUGUAAAUUUUCUAAAGCAUCGCUCAAUAGAAUUGGUGAAAGGUGGGCGUAUGGUACUGACUAUGAUGGGCAGAAAUAAUGAGGAUCGCUUUAGCAAAGCUUCUUGCUACUUGUUGGAGCCUAUGGUCAUGGCUCUCAAAGAGCUGAUUGAAGAGGUAAAUGUAUUGGGAAAAAUU